AAAAGUUUGGAAAAGUUUCUAUAAUAACUAGGGGGCGUCCGGAGGGAGGCGGCAGCGGCGGAGGAGGGGGCGUCUUAAAGAAGGGGAGGGAGGGAGCCACGGGUGAAGCGACGGCAGCCUCCUGAGCUCCCCCCUCCCACCCUGACCCGGACCUGGGGUCUCAGGCCGGAUCCAUGGGGGCAGCAAGCUGCGAGGAUGAGGAGCUGGAAUUUAAGCUGGUGUUCGGGGAGGAAAAGGAGGCCCCCCCGCUGAGCGCGGGGGGGCCGGGGGAAGAACUGGACUCAGAGGACACGCCGCCAUGCUGCCGUCUGGCCCUGGGGGAGCCCCCUCCCUAUGGCGCCACCCCUAUUGGCAUUCCCCGGCCGCCACCCCCUCGGCCUGGCAUGCACUCACCACCGCCCCGUCCAGCCCCCUCACCAGGCACUUGGGAGAGCCAGCCAGCCCGGUCGGUGAGGCUGGGGGGGCCAGGAGGGAGCUCUGGUGGGGCUGGGGGAGGCCGUGUCCUUGAGUGUCCAAGCAUCCGCAUCACUUCCAUCUCUCCUACGCCUGACCCGCCAGCUACUCUGGAGGACAACCCUGAUGCCUGGGGGGACGGCUCUCCCAGGGAUUACCCCCCUCCAGAAGGUUUCGGAGGCUACCGAGAGGCAGGGGGCCAGGGCGGGGGCCCCUUCUUCAGCCCGAGCCCUGGCAGCAGCAGCCUGUCCUCGUGGAGCUUCUUCUCAGAUGCCUCGGACGAGGCAGCCUUGUAUGCGGCUUGCGACGAGGUGGAGUCUGAACUAAAUGAAGCAGCCUCCCGAUUUGGCCUAGGUUCCCCACUGCCCUCGCCGCGAGCAUCCCCUAGGCCAUGGACCCCUGAUGAUCCCUGGAGCCUGUAUGGUCCAAGCCCUGGAGGCCGGGGACCAGAAGAUAGCUGGCUACUUCUCAGUGCUCCUGGGCCCACCCCAGCCUCCCCACGGCCUGCCUCUCCAUGUGGCAAACGGCGCUAUUCCAGCUCGGGAACCCCAUCUUCAGCCUCUCCAGCUCUGUCCCGCCGGGGCAGCCUGGGAGAGGAGGGCCCGGAGCCACCUCCACCACCCCCAUUGCCUCUGGCCCGGGAUCCUGGAUCCCCUGGUCCCUUUGACUAUGUGGGGGCCCCACCAACAGAGAGCAUCCCCCAAAAAACCCGGAGGACUUCCAGUGAGCAGGCAGUGGCCCUGCCUCGGUCUGAGGAGCCUGCCCCCUGUAAUGGGAAGCUGCCUUCAGGAGCAGAGGAGGCUGCAGCUCCUCCAGGUGGUCCUCGGAAGGAGGUGGCCGGCAUGGACUACCUGGCAGUGCCUUCCCCUCUGGCGUGGUCCAAGGCCCGGAUUGGGGGACACAGCCCCAUCUUCAGGACCUCUGCCCUACCCCCACUGGACUGGCCUCUGCCCAGCCAGUAUGAGCAGCUGGAGCUGAGGAUUGAGGUGCAGCCUAGAGCCCACCACCGGGCCCACUAUGAGACAGAGGGCAGCCGAGGUGCUGUCAAAGCUGCCCCUGGUGGUCACCCUGUAGUCAAGCUCCUAGGCUACAGUGAGAAGCCACUGACCCUACAGAUGUUCAUUGGCACUGCAGAUGAAAGGAACCUGCGGCCUCAUGCCUUCUAUCAGGUGCACCGCAUCACCGGCAAGAUGGUGGCGACAGCCAGCUAUGAAGCAGUGGUCAGUGGUACCAAGGUGCUGGAGAUGACUCUGCUUCCUGAGAACAACAUGGCAGCCAACAUUGACUGUGCUGGAAUCCUGAAGCUUCGGAAUUCAGACAUUGAGCUGCGGAAGGGUGAGACGGACAUCGGGCGCAAGAACACACGAGUGCGGCUGGUAUUCCGGGUACACGUGCCCCAGGGCAGCGGGAAGGUCGUCUCUGUACAGACAGCAUCCGUGCCCAUUGAGUGCUCCCAGCGCUCGGCCCAGGAGCUGCCCCAGGUGGAGGCCUACAGCCCCAGUGCCUGCUCAGUGAGAGGCGGAGAGGAGCUAGUGCUGACUGGCUCCAACUUCCUGCCAGACUCCAAGGUGGUGUUCAUCGAGAGGGGCCCUGAUGGAAAGCUACAAUGGGAGGAGGAGGCCACCGUGAAUCGGUUGCAGAGCAAUGAGGUGACACUGACCCUGACUGUCCCUGAGUACAGCAACAAGCGGGUGUCCCGGCCUGUCCAGGUCUACUUUUAUGUCUCCAAUGGGCGCAGGAAGCGCAGCCCUACCCAGAGUUUCAAGUUCCUGCCUGUGAUCUUCAAGGAAGAGCCCCUACCUGACUCAUCUCUCCGGGGCUUCCCUUCAGCCUCAGGCCCCCCCUUUGGCACUGACAUGGACUUCUCACCACCCAGGCCCCCCUACCCCUCCUAUCCCCAUGAAGACCCUGCUUAUGAACCUCCUUACCUGUCGGAAGGCUUCAACUAUGGCACACCCCCUCUGUACCCACAAACGGGGCCCCCACCAUCAUACAGACCUGGCCUUCGGAUGUUCCCUGAGACUGGGGCUUCCACAGGUUGUGCUCGCCCACCUCCAGUCUCCUUCCUUCCCCGGCCCUUCCCUAGUGAUCCCUAUGGGGGACGGGGCUCCCCCUUUCCCCUGGGGCUGCCAUUCCCUCCUCCAGCCCCCUUCCGGCCUCCACUGCCUUCCUCCCCGCCUCUGGAAGGCCCCUUCCCUCCCCAGAGUGGCGUUCAUCCCCCAUCUGCUGAGGGGUACAAUGAGGUAGGGCCAAGCUAUUGCCCUGGGGAGGGGACUCCGGAGCAGGAGAAAUCCAGGGGUGGCUACGGCAGCGGCUUCCGAGACAGUGUGCCUAUCCAGGGUAUCACGCUGGAGGAAGUGAGUGAGAUCAUUGGUCGGGACCUGAGUGGCUUCCCUGCGCCUCCCGGAGAAGAGCCUCCUGCCUGAACCGUCAACUGGCAACCCGAGCCUCCACAGCCCCUCCAGCCUUGCUCACUUUCUUUUCACCCUGGGGUGGUGGUUCCAGAAGCUUGGGGCCAAUCUGGUUUUUCUCUCCCUAGCUUUUGCCUUUCUCCCCUGCCCGCCCUCCCCUCCCCUAGCUGAAAUGUGCCCCCCUGGGCCUGGUGCUGCCAGGGAGGGUUCGGGAGGAAGAGCGUGGAGGACUGGGGUGGGUGGAGACUGAGGCUGGGUGGGAGGACGGCUGAUCGAAGGCUGCGUCUAGACUGUGUACGGGCCCUGGUGCUGGAGGCUGGGGACAGUCGAUGGGUAAUAAACCGCUCACUGAUGAGUGCUGAUCGAGGCUCCAGAACUCUUUGGAGAGAGAGGAGGUGCAGCUUAUCCUGGCCUGAGGUGGCUUAGAGGUUGGAAAGAGAUGGGAUGUAGCUGGGAUCACUGUGUCCCUAGGAGCUUCUCAGAGCAGGGGCCUGGGGAGGAUGUGAAGGGGCCUCAGAGGUCCGCAGCUGGGUGGGGGCUGGGGCCAGAGCUUCAGUAGCCUCUUUUCCCUGGGAUGCAGAUGCCUGGAGGGUCUUUGGGAUGGGGCCCAGGAAUAUGUAUUUUUCAAGUUUCUUUCUCUUGCUACCACUCAGAUGAUUCUUAUUCACAGCCUAGGUCAGGAAACACCAGUCUAGACCUUCUCUCUCAUUUACCAAGGAGGAAUUUAAGAUUCAGAGAGGGAGAGGUGUGCCCAAAGUCACACAGCUAGUCAGGAACAGGUUGAACGCUGUACACCUGCGCUUCUGCCCCCAGUCCACCCCCAGACACCCCGACUCAUCAGGCUCAGGGCCCUGAAGCUUAUCUCCCUGGAGCAGGGUUGGGGGUGAGGGAGGGCUGGCAUGGGUCUAUUCACAGUCUGGAUUCUUGGGGACUGUGAGAACAUUCUGGAAAGAACUGUGCUUUGGAGGUAGACUGCAGGAAGCCGAGCAGCCCCUGUAGCAGCUCGGAGUGCCACCUGCCCCGGGGCCCAGUGCAUUGUGUGACCUCCGAGCCUGUUCUGCUUGUGUGCCCACAUAUCGCCACUGACAGGCCUGUGCUGAACACUGGGUUUCUUCCCUGCCUUGACAGCCUAUGGGGCCAAGUCCCCAGUGGAUUGGAGGAAGUCAGGCCUUGUCAGUCCUGCUCCAUGGAGCCUGGCACAUGGUGGGCACCGAGUACCACUAGCGUGCGUUGGCUAGACCUGGCUGCUGGGGGCCAUACCCAAAAUGUAUUCAGGGCAUCGGUACUUGGGAAACUGGCCUCACCUCCAUGCUGGUGGGGCCUCUCUAUGUCUAGUGGGUCCAUGCAGGUCUGGCAAGAACCCACGUGUUUAGGGGUGGGUGUGAGAGAAGCUGGCUCUGGAACAGAGAACAAGGGAACCAGGACAACCCUCAGUAACAAGGAAUUUCCUUUAUCUUCCUGAAUAUAAACUGCUGUGAACCAAACUGACAUUAAGUGGUCAGUGCAUGGGGCCUUGGCUGCUUUCCAGAGCUGCCCUCCAGUAGGGGCCAGAGUCGUUGCCCUGUAAUUUCCAUGUCAGGAGAGACCCUGGGACACGUGUGUUAUAUCCAGCAUUCUUCGACUCCCCCGCCCCCCCUCUCUACCCCAGGAUCCCUAACAAGGGGUUGGUAGGUCAGCUCCUGUGAAUAAAAAGCUGUAUUGAAGGGGACUCACUACCUCCCUAGGUAGGUGAUUUCAUUUUCGGCCAGGGUACUGCCAUUCAUUCAUGGCCAGACACUGACCCAGCAGCUACUGAGUGCAGCCAAUGGGUCCCAGAGGGUCUCGUAGCUUCAUGAGGCAACAGUAAGUCAACAUCUCAUUAUAACUCAACAGUUCAACUCAGUAUGUAUUUCUUCUAGUAUGUCAGGUCUUAGUGGGGCAGGGAACAAAUUUGUUACAGGGUGUACAAGGAGCAGAGGGCAGGGGUAAUCUGUCCAGCUGUGGGGGCUAGAGGGAACUUCUGAGGUGACUUCUAGAUUGAGACCUGCAGCAAGAUGAAACUGACCAGCCCAAGAGCAGGGGAAGGCAGGCCAGGCAGAGCUGCCAGAAGGGGCCAGGUCCUGGAGGAGGGGCAAACAGGGAAGGUUGACAGAUGGAGGGCUUGCCGCACUUGAAGGCUCAAGAGAGGUUCUGUGCCAUGUGGGUAGAAAAGGUUAAGUUCUGGAAGUGGGGGUCCCUGAGGAGGGACUACAAAGGAAAGCAUGGGCUGGAUUCUGAGGGGUCUUGUAGGCGUGCCAGGGAACUUAGAGUUAUCCAGUGAUGAUGGGAGCUUUCCCACUAGACGGUAGGCUUUAAGCUGGGAGUGAUGCAAUCGAUUUGCCCUGAAGUUCCCCCUGGGGGUGAGCUGACAUCUGCUUGCCUGGGAAGGCUCUGUGAGGCGCUUGUGCUGCCCUUGCUUCAUAGGGCUCACCCCUCUCCUCGUUAGAAUCCUGACGGGGGUCAGCCUUCCAGGAUACCCACAGAUGUCUAGCUCCCUGAGGCUGGGGUUGGAAGAGGGGAAGGGUGCUGGAUCUUCAGGUGGUGCCAGAAAAGACUUUCUUGGCCAGGGUUUUUCAAAGUGUGGUCUGAGGAUUACUUGCCUUUGAAUCACUAGGUGUUGGUGGUGGAGUGGGGUGGUGGUUUGCUUUGUUUUGCUUUGUUUUUUAAUGUAGAUUCCUAGGCAACCCCCAACCUUCUCAAUUAUAUUCUGGUGGGGGUGAGGCAGAGGCCUAGGUAACUGCUUUUUAAAGAGUACUCUGGGUGAUUCUAUGGCACAGGAAAGUUUUAGAACUAGUGUCAUUUGUCAAACAAGUGUAGGUCUUUCUCAUCCAAACUCAGCAAUAACCCCCUGCCCCUCACAGAUCUUGUCUGGGCUGCUGUGGGCGGAGGGUCACCAGGAAAGUAUUUGGGGAAGUGAAGGGAGCAAACAUUCCUGAUAUUGCAACUUAUCUCUUCCCUCAUCUGGCUCUGUCUUGCUGCUUAGAUGUAUAAGACGGUGCCAGGGACAGCCUGGAAGCCUUGUGUGGGCGCUGCUUCCCCCAGAGCUGAGUCUCCUCCUCUGGUUGCAACUCUGGGUCUCCAAGAUGUCUGAGGAGGGCUCGGUGGGGAGCCUUCCACUUGGAUUUUGGGCUGUGCUUGGAGAGAGCUCUGAGGUGCCUUGGAGCCUGCUGCCAGACCUUCUCAGUUGCCAUGAACUGCAGAGAAGCAGUAUCUUUCACGCUUCCUGGAAAUCCCAGAUGUGGGAAGUGCAUAGGGGUUUGGCUGCUUUUUUUAGGAGCUGGUUUUAGUAUCCUCAGUGUCAGAUUGCUCAAUUAGCCAACUCUCCACAAUGUCCUCCAGGGCCCUUGGUCUGUGCCAAACCCUGUGCUAGGCGUGAAGGACAUGAGCAUCACACUGGGGCCUUGCCCUGGAGAAACGGACAACCCACUCGCUAGUGGGAGAGACCUUUCUGCCUGGAGCUGCUGGAGUGUGUGUGUGGGAGUGGGGUUGGUCUGAGCUCUCUGAGAGGCAGAAAUGAUACGUUGCUAUGGAAACACUGGGACAGAACACAACAGGGAGGGUCUAAGAACAUUUUACAAAGGCAGGUGAUUUUGAAUUGAGUUUUUGAGGAGGAGAGGGAGUUUUCUGGGUAAAUGAGACAGGGAUGAGAGAAGGGUGGUCAUGCCUGUGGGUUAAAGUGUAUGAGGUCAAGACCAAACAGGUAGGAAGGAAUCAGAGUUGGGAUGCUUCAGCAGGCCAUGCUAAGGAGUGUGAAUAACAGGGAGUCACUCACUCGUUUUGUCAAAGGUCUACAGGUGUGUUUGUGCAUGUGCAUGCAUGUGUGUGAUUGAAGCUUAGAAGCUGUGUGGAGAGAAAGUGGCAGGGAGACCAUAGGGAAGGGUUUUGCAGUAGUUCAGGCAACAGAAGUCUGGGCUUGACCUACUACUUAGCUCAGCUAAGUGGGACGAGCUAUUCCUCACAGGGAACGGGAAGGGGCCUGGGCUGGAGUCAUGGCUCAGCCAACCAUCUGUGCGAUCUCCAGCCCAUCCGACACGCAACAGGGCCCUGGCUGCCAGCUGUAAAUGUUUACUGAGCGCCUGCGAUGUGCCAGCCUCUAUGCUAGCUACGGGGGAUGCAGCAGCGAAUGAGACAAACAGGGUUUGUUCCCUCAUGGAACUCAGGAAUUAACGGGCAGUUACACAACAGCGUCACGGGGGAAAUGCUGGAGGCUUUGGGACCUCACGGAAAGGUCACUGAACUUGUUCUCUUGCACGCUGCCUAUGCAUCUCUUGUAGCAACAGUGGAUGUCCAUAUUUUGAGAAAAUCUUUUGGAUCCACUUCUUUUUCUGGGGGUGCAGGGUCAAGGCAUUCUCUGGAAGACGGGAUUAUUUCCAAUGUCAGUGUUAUUCUAGAUGAAGAGCAUCCAAAGUCAGGAAAUGUGGGUUUGUCACUCAGGGGCAUCUCCUAUGCUUUUUUCUCUUAGGCCUGAACCGUGAGGAAUCUAGUUAGGCCUGAGUGUGUGCAAGUAGCCUCCAAUGCCUUCCAGUGAGGCAGGGGCCUGGGAGGGCGGAAUGCCAGGGGCCCAGGUGGGGAAUGGGGGCAGCUCUAUGACUAGGUGGCACUCUACUUUAAUGUUCUUCUGAUUCCUUUAGCCCUUUUCAAAUGUCUUAGUUUCCUAGGGCUAUCAUAACAAAGUGCCACAAGCUGGGUGGCUUCAAACAAUAGAAACCUACUUUCUCAUGGUUUGAGAGGCCAGAAGUCUGAAAUCAAGUUGUUGGCAGAGUCUGUUCCUUCUGGAGGUUUGGAGGGAAAGUCUGUUCCAGUCCCCUCUCCUAGCUUCUGAUGGUUGCUGGCAACCUUUGGUGUUUUUUGGCAUAUAGAAGCAUCACUUCAAUCUCUGCCUCUGUCAUUACAUGGAAUUCUUCCCUGUGUCUCUGUGACCAGAUUUCCCUUAUUAAGACACCAGUCACUGGAUUUAGGGCCCUCUGUAAAUCCUAAAGAAUAGAGGCCGCUUCCUUUCCAGUGAGACCUGGCCGAGCUUCAAGUCUGGCUUGGCUGUGCCUUGGGGUGGGUGGUGGCCGCUCCCCCCAUACUGCCCUGGGAUGAACAGUGCUGAGGUUAUCACCCAGGAGUGCUAGGAAGGCGACUGACACCAGAGGGCAGCAGUAACAAGGUGGAGGGUGGGGUUGGAGUGUGGGAGAAGAAAGGUUAGAAAGCGAUCAGUGCCCUGCCCCGAUUCCUCUGUGAACUUCACAUCCAGAUCCUCUCCCGCAUUUCUCAGACCACCUCUGGAAGACUGGUUCUGCUUCCCAGAACCAUCUGCCAUUCGGCCCUUAAUACUCGUAGAUCUGUCAUGUUAACUGCGUUUUAGGGAGACUUCUCUGUCUCCCCUACUAGAUUUAAAGGUCCUAAAGAGCAGAGACAGUGUUUUUAUUAGUAACUCUUUGCAGAUACAAUGAGAGUUAGAGUGAAUAAUAGAAGCUGCCAUGUUUUGUGAUGUGUACCUGAGGGGAAUGCUUUGAGGGCCUCCACGCCCUUUGCCGCAAUCCCCAACCCAAGCUCCGAGAUACUUUUUAAGAACCACAGCAAUGGAAGUACAUAGCACUUAGGGAGAGCUCACCUCCUGGCGCUUCACCAUGCCUCUUACACAGCUCGCCUCAUUUGAGCUUCUCCCAACAAUCCUGAGAAGUUGCUCCUGUUACUCUCCCCAUUUAUAGCUGAGAAAACUGAGGCACAGAGGGCUUAAGAAGUGACUAGAGUCACACAGCUUCCUGAGGACAGAGCUGCAAUUCGGAGGCUAUCUCCUGACACCAGGUCCAGCAAUCUUCUCCGCUAUACUGCAGCCAGUUCCUUACCUCAUGGGUGAAAUCAGAGUAAAAGUAAACAUCUAGUAAAGUACAGCAUGGGGAGUAUAGUCAAUAAUAUUAUAAUUAUGUAUGUUGUCAGAUGGGUACUAGACUUAUCUUGGUGAUCACUUGGUAAGGUAUAUAAAAUGUGUAAUUGUUAUGUACACCUGAAACUAAUAUAAUAUUGUAUGUCAACUAUGACUGAAAAAUAAAUUU